UUCUUUGGACUUGCUUUAUGACCGGGCGAUUGUUGUCUGACUACGGAUGAACUCAACAGGCCUAUUCUAUUCAGCAGCAGACGGAAUAUAAUACGACUACAGUUCAUUCAUAACUAUUUAAACGUUAAAAUGACAGGGAAAAUCCUCAUUCUUAUACUGGAGUUACUGUUUAUGCUCAAGGGUUCCUAUUCUUUCUGCCGAGUAGUUGAUACCCCCGUGACAAAAGAAGAGUGUGAACAGAACACAUUCGGUAUAUGUGGACACCACGCAAAGUGUACCUUCACUCCGAUAAGUCCCUGCUGCGAGUGUCUGCCUGGGUUCAACCGAAGACUGGUGUUGGACACAUUUAACAUCGACGACUGGUGUUCAGACACCAAUGAGUGCUCCUGGGCCAAAAUCUGCGGUUCCAAUGCCUACUGCACUAACACCAUUGGAAGUUACACCUGCACCUGUCGCUCAGGGUAUACGAAGCAGAGUGCUACAGGUCACAACUGCAUUGACAAACCAUUGAACCAUGUAAAGCUCUCGUCUUCACCUUCACCAGACACCAAUGAGUGCUCCAGGGACAACAUCUGCGGUUCCAAUGCCUACUGCAACAACACCAUCGGAAGCUACACCUGUACCUGUCACUCAGGGUAUACGAAGCAGAAUGCUACAAGUCGCACCUGCAUUGACAUUGACGAAUGUGAGGAUGGUGCAAAGGCAAAUGAAGGUGUUUGUGGCAUUAAUGGCACAUGUAGAAAUACCAACGGGAGCUUCUGGUGUGAGUGUCCAACCGGCUUCACUAACUAUGGCAACGAAAGGACUCCAUGUUCGGAGCUGAAAUGUGACCAGUUCGAGGGGCCCGUUGCAGCGUCAACGCAGCCUUAUGGAGGUCUGGCAGAAAUCUUGUCCCAAAUGAAGCGUAGCUGUUUAGCGCUGGCCCGACCGGACCAGUAUGGGAACAAGACCACUGGACCCACGGUGCUCCUCAAUAGCCUCUUCGACCUGACAGCGGACGUCCUGUCCAGCAACAUUACGGGCGACAGUGUGGCGGCCGUGAGCAGCCUGCUCAGCGCAGUGGAGGACUCCAUCAAACUCAUCGGCCCCCAACUCACUGAGAACCAAACCAGCAUGAACACAAGCCAGACAGAGACGACGAUCACGGUGUGGAAGAAGACGACUCCCCCGAGCGGGCCGUUGCGUCUGACCAACACCGACGCCAGCCUGGAAACUGACUGGAGCACGGCCGUCGGGAACAAAAACUACCCUGGUUUCGCGCUCGCUGCUCUGGUGAGUUAUAAGAACCUGGAGACCAUGCUGAACCAUUCCUUUGAGCAGAUAACCUUACCCGAAAAGAACAACAGGAAGCCCAGCUACCAGCUGUUCUCCAAGGUGGUGUCGGCGUUGGUCUCCAACCCUGACACACAGCACCUAGACAAGCCUAUCAUUCUCACCCUACGACACCUGAAGGAGCUGAAGGAGUCCGCUGAGGUGAGCUACACCUGUGCCUACUGGAAGGCUGCGGGAGGCGGGCUGCAGGGGAAGGAGGAGGAGGGCGGGGCCUGGUCCACCCGCGGCUGCACCCAGGUCUCCUCCAACGCCUCCCACACCGUCUGCAGCUGCACCCAUCUCAGCAGCUUUGCCGUUCUCAUGGCCCUCUACCCCGUCAACCACACCUUUGGCCUCAUGCUGCUGACCAAGCUGUGCCUGGUCGUCUCCCUGCUAUGUCUGUUCCUGUGCAUCCUCACCUUCAUGUUCUGCCGCUCCAUCAAGGGCACCCGCAACACCAUCAACCUCCACCUCUGCAUCUGCCUCUUCCUGGCCGACCUCGUCUUCCUCGCAGGCAUCUCCAAGACCCAACCCCAGGUUGGAUGUCGGUUGGUAGCAGGCCUGCUCCACUUCUUCUUCCUGGGGGCGUUCAGCUGGAUGCUGCUGGAGGGCGUGCACCUGUACCGCAUGUUGGUGCUGGUGUUCAACACCACCAUCCGACCGCGCUACCUAUACACCGUGGGCUACGGGACGCCCCUCGUCAUCGUCAUCAUCUCGGUCAUCAGCAGACCCACGGGAUACGGCACUGACCAAUACUGCUGGCUGACGACAGAGCAGGGCCUCAUCUGGAGCUUCUUCGGGCCGGUGUGUGUCGUCAUUGGCCUCAACGUGGUCUUCUUCAGCAUCACCAUCUGGAAGCUGGCCCAGAAGUUCUCCAGCAUCAAUGUUGACCUCACCCACCUGCACAAAAUACGAGUCUUUACAGUCGGGGCUAUAGCUCAGCUGUGUGUGCUGGGCCUGAUGUGGCUCUCUGGGGUCUUCCUCUUUAAGGAGGGGGACUUGGCGGCCGCAUACAUAUUCACCAUCCUGAACGGCCUACAGGGGGCGCUGAUAUUCCUCCUGAACUGUCUGCUGUCAAAGCAGGUGAGAGAAGAGUAUGCCAAAUUAUUGUCCCGCGUCCGUCCACAAACCAGUAAAAUCCGAUACAGUAAGCCGCAGGCGUCCCGGAGUGGUCCACCCACAAGCGAAUCAAACUUAUGAAGAAUCCUCUUACACACGGCUCCUCCCCCUUCUCUGUCUGGGGUUGGAUUUUUGAAAAUGUAGGAUCUUCGUCACGUCAUUUUGUUGUCAUUACUUUGGUGAACAAACUACAUAAGUAGGGCUGCUACAUAGUCUGGCUAUUGCCAGACCAAGCUCAAUUGUAGAUUGCACGUUGGUCUGAGGAAGCUGCUGUCAUUUUCUUCAGCACAAGAGGCGUGAUCAACGUGCUUAGUUCAAGUGGCUCUGUGCUUGAUUGGCUGCUUGCCGUCGCUACCCUGUUGUCAUUGUGUUAUACCAGCCAAUCGCGCGCCAAGGGGAAAAGCCAGCAUGGUGAUUGGCUCCCGCAAAAACGUAUCGGAAGCAGAAAGAAAUGUAUUGCUCUUCUCCAGACCAAUGCAAUGCAAGAUUUUGGUUCUUUAUAUGGGUCUGAUAUACUAUACUACUCACACUAACACAUACACUACAGACACUACUGAUGAUACUGAUCUACAUGGUUUAUCUUUAUCUCUUUAUAGAGGUUAUUGUUUCUAAAUAAAU